AUGGCCUCCGCCGAGCUCUCGAAGAAGCGCAAGCGCGCCGACGACGACGCCGCCACCGCGAAGAAGUCCAAGUCCGAGAAGAAGGACAAGAAGGAGAAGAAGGAAAAGAAGGCCAAGGCUGUUUCCACCGAAGACGAGACUGCGCCCGCGACCGACGAGUUCAUCGCGCUCGAGGAGUCCAAGAAGGACAAGAAGGAGCGCAAGCGCAAGGAGAAGGAGGCCCGCAAGGCCGCCGCCGCUGCCGAGGAGCAAGAGGAGCCGGCAGACGUCUCGGCCAUGGACGUCGACCCGCCCGCCGACGGCGAGAAGAAGAAGAAGAAGGACAAGAAGAGCAAAAAGGCCAAGACGGAGGAGGCGGAGGAGACUGCUGCUCCCGUGGAAGAGGAGGUGAAGGAGGAGAAGAAGAGCAAGAAGGAGAAGAAGGACAAGAAGAAGGAGGCCAAGGCCAAGGAAGAGACCAAGCCCGAGACGAACGGCGAGGAAAAGUCCAAGAAGAAGGACAAGAAGAGCAAAAAGACCAAGGAGGAGCCAACUGCCCUGGCACCGGCGCCGGCUGCCGAGGAGCAGGCGGCGGAGGAAGAGCCCGCCGAAGGCGGCAAGAGGGAGAAGUACAUCGUCUUCGUCGGAAACCUGCCCUACACCGCGAACAAGGAAUCCAUCCGCGCGCACUUCUCCGCCUACAACCCCUCCGCCGUCCGCUGCCUCAACAAGGACAACAACCCCAACGUCUGCCGCGGCAUCGCCUUCCUCGAGUUCUCCAACGGCUCCAACAUGCGCACCUGCCUCGACAAGAUGCACCACACCGAGUUCGACGACGGGCUGUCGCCCGCGCGCAGGAUCAACCUCGAGCUUUCCGCCGGCGGUGGCGGCAAGAGCAAGUUCCGACGCGAAAAGAUCAAGUCCCGCAACGUGCAGCUCGACGAGAACCGCGUGAAGCGCAUGCAGAAGGAGGAGGAGUACAAGAAGCAGAGGGUAUCGGAGGGUGGUAGCAACACCCAGCAGGAUAGCAUCCACCCGAGCCGUCUCGCCUUGAUGCACCAGUAA